AUGGGCCGCUCAUCACAAUCCCUCGACCGCAAGCGCACCAAACUCCUCAACUGGGAGCGCCGCCAGCGAUCACUCGACAACCAAAACACACCCCUCCUCAUCCUAGCCCCAGAACUACGCAACAAAAUCUUCGCCCUGGCGCUUCCCUCCGGCCAAUUCUUCAACACGACCUUCAAACACGACUUCAAGUCCUGCGACGGCCAAGAGCGAUCGGUCAAACUCCUCCGCACUGCUGUUCAGUAUAAGCGCGAGUUUGGGCUCACUCAGGUCUGUCGCCAGAUUCGAGGGGAGACGAUUAGGGUCGUCUACUCGGUCAAUACGUUCGCUCUUGGCGUGCAGCCGCGAGACGUGCGAGUGAGAGCGGAGCGGUGGAUUGAGUCGAGGCCGGAGGAGGUGCUGUCUGUGAUUCAGAGAGUUGUCCUUCAGCGCAAGGAGCCCUACAAGUGGGAUGGUGACGGCGACGGCGACACUUCGAUGCACUGUAUGCUCUUCGACUUCGUCGAGAAGAAGGCCUGGACGAUCUCGGACGACCGCGCCUACACCCUACAUCUCGCGGCGGGCUUCGAGCGCAAUACGUUCUCUCAUUUCGUGGACCCGAAGAGCUGGUCUGCUGGUUCUCCACGUCUUCGGCUGCUGCAACUCUGCCACGACUUCCGCCGAGGCUGGAGGUUUCCUUGA